CUGGGCAAAGGCCAGGCCGUGGUGGGCGCUCGCGGGUUAUGCGGAAUUGUUUAUUUUGUUUCUGGCGGGGAUGAGUCACCGGCCCAUGCGCCGCUUCCGUCCCAUCGAUAAGCCCCGUUGAAAAAGGAGCGGGGCGUAGAACGUUGCCAGCGCCAGGGUUCGGAGGGCAGAACGUUGGCGGCCGCGGCGUUCCAUCCCGUGGAACGUUGGCGGCCGCGGGGUUCCAUCCCGUGGAACGUUGGCGCGGCCAACCCCGGGAUUUCCCCGUGGGACGAGGAGGAGGCCUCGCUUUGCAACAUCUGUCUGCUUCUCCUGCUCCCGGCUUUUGAGAUGGAGCAAUUGUUUGAUGAAGCAUUGAACGCCGACCCGGCAUUCAACGAGAUAUGGCGUGACAUGCCGCCCAGCGAAUUUUUUGAGGAGGAACUUCAUAAUGAGCCCCUGGAGUCCUUUGACCUACCUUUCCCACAGGAGGACAGUGCCCCCCAGGCGGGCGAAUCGAGCAGCGAUGCCACAAUCCCCUCCACCACCUCCUCCGUUCCGUCCACGGAAGACUACCCUGGCAAGCACGGGUUCAAGCUGGAGUUUGAGCCGUCGUCGACCGCCAAAUCCGUCACCUGCACCUACUCACCGGAUCUCAACAAGCUCUUCUGCCAGAUGGGCAAGACAUGCCCUGUCCUCAUCAAGGUGGCCACGCCACCCCCUCCCUGGGCCGUCGUCCGCGCCACGGCCGUCUUCAAGAAGUCCGAGCACAUCGCUGAGGUGGUCAAGCGAUGCCCACACCAUGAGCGCACUGGCGAGGGCAGCCACGGAGGCGUUGCCCCCGCCGAGCACCUGAUCCGGGUGGAAGGGAACCAGCAGGCCCAGUAUUUCUCUGACCCGAACACCAAGCGCCACAGCGUCGUCGUUCCCUACGAGGCACCCCAGCUGGGGACGGAAAGCAGCAAGAUCCUCUACAACUUCAUGUGCAACAGCUCUUGCCAGGGGGGCAUGAACCGCCGCCCCAUCUUGAUAAUCAUCACCCUGGAGACCUGUAUGGGCCAGCUCCUUGGGCGCCGCUGCUUCGAGGCCCGGGUCUGCGCCUGCCCAGGCCGGGACCGCAAGACGGACGAAGAAAACUUCCAGAAAACCACUUCCUCCGGAAAGAACGCCAAGAGGAAUAAACCCGACGCCGGCAGCGGCGGGGACGCCGGCAGCAGCGGGAACACCAAGCGGAGUCGACCGGAAGCCAGUGGCAGGAACGCCAAACAGUGUAAGCCUGAAGCGGAGGAGUCCCAGGAAUGGUUGUCGGAGAGCCAAGGAGCGUCUUUCUCUCAGAGCAGCGAACCAGGAGGCUCCAAGAAGCGGAUCGUGGACGCUCCCAGCGGCGUCGGCAGCAGCUCGGAAGAAAGAGUUUACAUCAUCCAGACUCGUGACCGGAAGCUGUACCAUAUGCUGAAGAAAAUAAAAGAGGCCGUCGAGUUUCAAGAUUUCAUGAUGCAAAACAAGGAACAGGCAAAAGAGCUCCAGAAGAAGAUGGCUCUGUUUGUGAAGGACAACUGAAUAGGGGCGCUGCUUCUCCUACCCCCACCCCCCCUAUUCCACACACCCCCUCACUCCUCACCCUAUUUUUCAGCCAAAAAGUCCCUUACUUGGGUUGAGCCAUUCUCCUGCUACCUGAUUGGGCCAGGUCACAGCAGCGCUGAACCCCCCCUGGACCAAUCAGAGUUUCCCUGAUAGCUGCUGUGGGAGGGGCGCCUUUUUCCUAUCGCCCCUCCUGCCUCCAAAUGGUUUGGGGGGCAGUCUGUGUUCUCCAAACUGCACAAGGUAACUGCCAGUUUUUUCGCGCACUGCCUCAAUGAGAACUAGAGAACUGUUGCUCCGUUUUUUAAUUUUUAUAAAAAUUUGGUUUCUCGACAGUAUUCCUUUUUUUUAUUCCUAUUUUUGUUUUGCAAAAGAGCCGCUGCUUAGUUAGUAACACGGGGGGUGGAGGGCUGCAACUUGCCCCACCAGUAUUUCCCCCCAGGUGAGGGCUUGCUAAGGAGCGGGAACGGUGAAAUGGAGCUCUCGUUUCCGGCGGGGUGGGAAGUGGGGCUCCCACCCCCCAUUUCAGUUCAGUAUUAAGACUGCGGAGACCUGGCUAUACUCCACAUUUCUUGACAAAGCAGCCUUUCCCCAACCUGGUGCACCCUCUGGGUGCUCUGCACUACAAUUCCCAGCGCUCUGUGCUGGCCAUCGCUGUCGGGAGUUGAGCAUCAGAACAUCUGGAAAGGCAAACCAGGUUGGGGAGGAGGGUGUUUCCAAAUGAAAUCACCAGGGAAGGUAGGUAGGAAGAGAAAAACAAAACCCCAAACUACAACGUUCUGAUGCAUCGGCAAACUCUCUCCUACCGUCCUUCCUCCGUAAUGAAUUGUCCCGAAGUUUAGCAAAGCCCUCUCCUUUUUUUCCUCCGCCUCCCCCCCCCUCCGGUUAAUUGCUUUGUAGUUUAUUUUAUAUGCUUCGAUUUUCUUCGCAUGACUUUUUGUAGGAAUCUCUCUUUUUUUGUACUUUAAUAAAAGAUCAAAUUUG